UGUGUAGUAACCAAGAGAAAAUAUCAUUCCUGCUUCAUGUGUUGCUUCUUCUUCUCUGUAAAAAGCAAAGGUUAACCACUGAAUAAACACGUCGAUCAAUAUUACCGCCCCGACCCCAGCAUUUGGAGCCAGAGCCUUAUUUAUUCAGUCUGGCUUUUAUUGUCCAUCAUGAAGACAGUUUAUAUAUUUUUUACUGUAACAUAUUUAACGAUAUUUAGUCCAGGGAGCUGCUCAGAAUCACACCAGAUUCUAUCCAUCACCCCCUCCACAGCAGAGCAAGUGAACAUCAUAAAGAAUGUUUCCACUCAUUUCAAGACUGCAUUGUGGCAGCCUGCGGCUGUUCAAUACAUCAAGGAAAAAACUGAAGUUCACCUGUUUGUUCCUGCUGAGAGUCCUGUCAUGGAUAUACUGCAGAGGAACAACAUAACAUUCAUAGUCUUACUGGCCAACACCGAGGAGUUGAUCGAGAUGCAGACAAGGAAUGACUCCUCUGACCCCAGAAGCAGCUCGAGUUUCUAUGAAAAAUAUCACAGUUUGGAAGACAUCUACUGGUGGAUAAACAGAACCUCCCAAGAGCACCCUGACACAGUCAAAGUCAUCCUGCUAGGCUCCUCUUACGAGAAGAGACCAAUUUAUGCUCUGAAAUUGUCUCUGAACAGCAGACCCAAUAAAAAAGCUCUGUGGAUCGACUGUGGAAUUCAUGCCAGGGAGUGGAUCUCUCAUGCUUUUUGUCUAUGGUUUGUGCAAUAUUCACUGUCCUUCUACAAGCAAAACCAAGAGAUCACUUUCAUUCUGGACAACAUGGACGUCUACGUCUUACCUGUUCUAAAUCCUGAUGGUUAUCGCUAUACAUGGACAACGGACCGCAUGUGGAGGAAGAACCGUUCCGUAUGCAGUAGAACCGGCUGCAUUGGUGCUGACCUUAACAGGAACUUUGAUGCCAACUGGUGCACGGAGGGAGCGUCUAAUGAUCCAUGCAGUGAAAUCUACUGUGGAGCCUUUCCUGAGUCGGAGCCAGAAUCGCAGGCUGUGGCCAACUUCCUGCGCAGCCACAAGGAUUCUAUCGCUCUGUACCUCACUAUCCAUGCUUACUCUCAGAUGAUACUGUUCCCCUAUUCAUACACCGUGCAGGAGGCAGAAAAUCACAAGGACCUGUUGGCGAUGGCUCAGGAAGCUGCUCACAGUAUCAGGAGAUAUUACAGAAACAACUACAAAUAUGGUCCCGGCGCGAAGACAAUAUACGUGGCUCCUGGCGGUUCAGAUGACUGGGCUUACAACCUGGGCAUCAAGUACUCCUUCACAUUCGAGCUCCAGGACCGUGGGCGAUACGGGUUUCUUCUGCCACCUUCUCACAUUUCCAGAGCCUGUAAUGAGGCUCUCCUUGCUGUGAAGAAAAUUGCUCACAAGGUCAUAGAGAAGACACAAGCCACAGAAGGACACACAGCUUGAUCAACUGAAAACCUCUUUCCAAGCACCACAUUGUCUCAAAUCUACAAGUACCCAGGUUCAAAGAGGGACGUCUUUGCAGCGCUCCUCUGAUUUCACAUAUGAAAUACAUUACCAGCGACAUUAAAGAGGAGUAUGUACCUAUAGAAAUUGGCUCCACUUCUAUCAGUAUUUGUUGUAGCUCAGCAGCCUCUCAUAAUUGCAAAAUAAAUGCACAUUAAAUAAUAUUGAUGGUGGGCCACUGUUUUCCGGUCAUAUUUGCCAAAGACACAUGCAAGAUGUUCCAAGAUUGAUUUGAUUUAUCUUUAAAUAAUUCAUUCUGGAUUGAUAAACAUCACUUUCUUUGUGCAGAGGAGGUGUCCAUGUGCGUAGGCAUCUAGCAAUGUCUGGCCAUUGCUAGAUGUCAUCUGAAGCAUGACCCCAGACAGACCAGCCUCCAGCAGGAUUCAUUUCACGAGUCGACAGUUUGAUCCCUCAACUUAAUCCACUGCCUUCACCUUACCUGUGAAAAGUGAUUUUACGGGAUCUGUUUCUACGGUUCUACUCAAAUCUGAAAGGCAUCCGAAAGCAGCACAUAAGUUCGGUAACACCGUUGUUGGCCAAACGUGAGCAAGCAAGCAACGUCUGGGGAAGCCAUUUACACGCACACAGCAUGUAUCAAAAGUGAAGAACGAGUUUGGCUCACGUUUUGGGCAGGUGUACUGCUGCAUAUUUUGGCUUGUAAUGCUGUUUUGGUUUUUCAUUUUUCAAGCACAUGUAUUCAGCACGUCUUGUGCACAGCUUUUUGGAAUGUUUAAAAGAUAAACACAACUUUUAAAAGUCGGGAUGUCUGAUUUUGGCAUUUUGCCGAUAUCCAUUAUGCCUGUAUUUUCUAAACACUUGAAAUUCUGAUACUGAUAUAAACCGAUUUCUGGCCAGAUAACUUUUGCUAUCAUAAGAUUAACACAUUAAAUAUUGCUCUUGUGAUGCCUGUAUUAAAAAUGUUAAAAUUAAGAACCCAAAAACAUCAGAGGCAGGGGUCCCCACUUUUUCAGCUUGCAAGCUCCUUUUAAAUGACCAAGUCAAGAACCGUUUUGCAGCUGAGACACAACACGAGAAGCAGAUUCAAACACAGAACAUACAUAAAUAAAAUAAAACAGAUACAAUUUAAUUAAGCCUGUUAUUUUGUCAAAUAAUUAAAGAUCACAUCAUUUUAGCGUCCUCGGACUUUAGUUCAGCAUACACUGAUGAACGCGGGUUCCGUAGAAUGCACUGAGGUUCUUGAAGUCCUGAAUAAACGCAACAGCGAGUUUUAACCCAAGGAAGACUCUGAUUUUCGAUUGCAGGAUGUUAGCACACAUGCUAGUGGAAGCUAUUUCCAAGCCCAAGUACAACAUCUUUGGAACCAGGCUUAUUAUCUCGGCUGCUUUUGCAUGCCUUGAAAUGGACAAAUUGAAUAGAGAACUGGAUUUGAAGACCAUGAACCAGUCUAAGUUGGAGUGGGAGCGCCAGGAGAGCCUGUGUUAAUAAUAAUAAGCUGACCUGACCAGUGAGCUGAACAUAACCAGUGAGUGUUGACUCAGGGCGACUUGUAAGAUCUGCAAAGGGAGUCGUGCAGUCCUUUCAGGAUACUGCUAUUUAAAUAGAUGUAUAGCAUGAAGCCACCAGUGAUAUCCUUAAUCUGGAUCGGUGACCUAGUUGUGACAGGUGCUGCUGAAAAUCACCAAGGUGCUCCAUUGAAACAGGGGCCGCAGCAUGGACAGGUAUGCAAUUUUGGAUGAAGGGUGAAUUUGUCAUUUCCCCAGAAAGCCUGCCUCGUGCUAAAUAUAACACCACAGGGGCUUCAACCGGGGAAGAAUGGGGUUUCGCUGAUCAUUCAUGUUUGACAGAGUCUCCGCAGAGGACGUAUCCACAUCUCCGCAAUCUCAUCCACUGUCCAGUUGGAGGAAUGCACUCAGACAGACAUGUUGGUCUACAAGGCCACGAGCACAGGAGAGCUCCAGUCCCCCAAUACAUGCCAUAUAUUUGGCUGACUGAGCUCUGUAUUGAUGCUAGUGAUUUUCAUUCAAAGACAUCAACAGUAUGUUUCCUCAUUGUUUAUCAUGUUGUGGUUGUUAUAGAUCUGUGUUGUUGAUAACUGUCCUCUCUGAUUGACAACCAGCUGAUUCAUUUCACUUAAUAUAAGUUAUUAGUUACUUCUAAAAGUGAAAAAUAAAACAAUCAAAAUUGAUUUGUCCUCAAUUUGCUUGUGUGUUGUUCGUCAUAUUUGUAACAGACAUUCAUUUUAAUUUCAGCCUCAUUUGUUUUGUUGUCAUUUUGUUGUCACCAUUGUUGCAUCCCAUUAAACAUGUUUGGAAACAUUUGGAAUGCUACAUUGUGAAGCUUCAAUAUUGAAAGUGAGAACUUAAAUAAAUAGUGCACAAUA